UAUAAAUUAGCAAUUCCACCAAAGUACCCUCUCUCCAUCUCAAAGAACAACAACAAUACUCGUCCUAGCUAGCUAGUUGGACUGUUGGAGCACAAUAAACGGGUGAUCGAAAUAAUGGCGGCGGCGGCGGAGCUGGUGUUUAUCCCUGCCUCUGGAAUGGGCCACCUGGCGGCAACGGUGGAGAUGGCCAAGCGACUCAUCGGCCGAGACCACCGUCUGUCAAUCACGGUCCUCAUAAUGAAAACCCCGUUUGAUAAAUCAAAAGUCAUCUCAACCACCCAAUCGCUGCUACUACAGGCGGCGGAGGAUAGGUUAAAGUUCGUUCACCUCCCUCAAGAUGACGAGGCGGCGGCAGUCGCGGAGCUUCGGUCCAAGAACUCCGGCAACUUCAUGUCGGAGUUUGUCAACAUGAACAAGCGCCACGUGAGAGAUCACGUAACGAAGAUGCAUAUCUAGACCCAGUCGGGUCGACUCACCGGGUUCGUCGUCGACAUGUUCUGCACCCCGAUGAUGGACGUGGCGGCCGAGUUCGGGCUCCCCACCUACGUUUUCUUCACCACCAGCUGUGCCGUUCUCGGCCUCUUGUUCCACCUCGAUAC